AUGAAGACAUUGCAAGAUCAUUUUGCUGAGGCAUAUGACUUAUUUCAUCACUUAAGUGGAUUUGCAUGGAAUCCUGUUACUAGAAAGUUUGAAGCUGAAGAAGAAGUAUGGCAAGACUUUAUUAAGGAGAAACCACAUGCAGAAAAAUGGAAGAAAAUACAAAUUAAGCAUUAUGAUACUUUGAAGGAGUUGUUCGGAGCUGAUAGAGCUACCGAUGUUAAUAUGGAACAUGAUACCCCAACGUUUUCUGCUAAUUUAGAUUCACCAAGUGCUCCUCAUAGUCAGCCAAAUCAAUUAGGUGGGACUUCAACGUCACGAGGAACAAAGCGUAAGUCUCCUAUGAAUGAUUUUUUGGAGGCACAAUAUGAGAAAGUUGCUUUGGGAAUUACUACCAUGGCCGAUGCUGUCAAAGAGGGUAGUUAUCUAUCUAGCAAGCUACAUGACGUGGCUCAGAGGCAGAAAAAGCGCCAAAUUUUUGGGAUACCACCUGAAAUGCGAUUGGAUGCUCUUUUUCAUGUCAUGACAGCUGCUGGUGUUUGCUUAGGAGAUAUGGAAUCAUAA